UGUCAUUUUUUCCCAUAACCUAAAAAGUGAAUCCUCCGAGACUUCCUGAGAAUUUUCGUGAAAUCCUGCCUCAAAAAUGGCCAGUGUCGAUGACGAUAACUCCAAUAGCAAUUUAACAAACAGUUCAGCAUCCAAUAUAUCAUCAGCAUCGCAGCAAAGCUCGGUGAAUCUUAAAAGUAGCAUGCUUCGUCCUUCAGCCCUCUCAUGGAAUUCGUCAUCAAUCACAAAUGCAGCUCACGAAGGGAUCAACUCCAAUUCAAGUUCCUCCCUACCAGCAUCAACGAGUAAUCCCUUUGCCAAGAUUGGUGGUGAAGAGAAUGGACAGAGUGGUGAAAAGUCACAAGAUGCUGAGGCUAAGGGAAACACCACUGAGAAGGACAAUAAGGGGGAUCCUCUGUCACUUCUCUCCCGGAAUGGAUUACCCAAAUCCAAUUUAUUCAACACCACCGGCAAUCCCACAAUAACCAGCAAUACGGGCUUUGUUUUUGGGCAAAAUCUCCAUGAAAGAGUCAUUGGGAGUAACAUCGACACAAAGGAUACGGAUACAAAGGGAGAUGCAGAAAAGAAUGAACCAUCCGGAAGUGAUGCCGGUGCAUCAAGUAGUGGUGGAUUAUUCUUCUCAACGGCUGCACAACAGCAAAGCAGCAGCAGCAGUGCCAGCAAUACCCUAAAUAGCCAGAAAAGUCUCACGGAAGUAGCGCGGGAGUAUGAAGAGAGUAGGGCACAGAAGAGGAAGUACGAAGAAGUGGAGACAAUCACAGGAGAGGAGGAUGAGAAGAAUAUUUUAGAUAUAAACUGCAAACUCUUUACAUUCACUUCGAGUACAUGGGAGGAGAGGGGCAGAGGUAGUUUGCGGCUGAAUGAUCCCAAAAGUGGAGCCACAAAUUCAAGGGUUGUUUUCCGUGCAGCUGGAAGUCAUCGUGUACUCCUCAAUACAAAGAUUUGGCAUGAAAUGGUAGCAGAACGUGCAAGUCAAAAAAGCAUGCGAUUGACGGCAAUUGAUAGUUCGGGACUGAUAAAGGUGUACCUCGUUAUGGCACGACCAUCUGACAUUGAUACCCUCUACAUGGGGCUUCAGCGUCGUAUUGAUAUUGAGGUACAAAAGAAUGCCUCCAAUGCAGCUUCCUCGCAGGAGGAUGACGAUAAAGUGGACAUGAGUCAGGAUGUGUGUAAACCAACGGGUAGCUCCGCAGAGGAAUCCAACCCCGAGCAUUGUGAAUCGAGUCCCAAGAAGAAAAUCACUGAGAAUGAUGUUGAGAAGAAAUCAUAAAAAAAGAGCCGAAAGCAAAAAAAAUUAUCAAAUUAUCUUGCAUCGAGAUUUUAAAUCGAAGAACUUUUUAUCUUCAUUGCUUUCAUUUUUUUUUGAUUUCUCCUUUUGAAUUUACACAGCAAGGAAGCAAAAAAUAUUUAAAAAUUGACUGCAGAGGUUUAAAAAAAAACAAAAGAUAUUUAAAGUUUGAGUUCAAUUUGCAAAGUUUCUCCUUGAAAAAAAAAAUUAUUACCUUUACAUUUAAUAAUUAAUAAUAAACUAUAUUCUUGUAGUGAAGUUCAUAAAAUUUAGAUGUGAAAGAAAAAACGGAAAUUUCCCUGAAAAAUUUUUAUCAUAAAAUAUUCUCAAUUCGAUGAAAAUAAAGAAAAAUUUACUCAGAAAA